AUGUCGACCUCAUUAUAUGCAUUAAACAGAUCCUCAGAAGAGCUCUCCAGCUCUCUGAACAGAAUCUCCUUGAGCAACACUCUCCCAUUGUCGUCUUCAUCUGCCACUUCGUCCUACACCAUCUUGAAAAUAAAAAAUAUCCCCAGAGACAUCUCCUUGAGAGAAGCUUUCCUAAUCUUUUCCCUUUGUUUGAACGACGUGAACUUUGUCGAUAUCAUCCAGGAACCAGCCACCAACACCCCUGUCAUCUUCUCUAAGUUCUACUCCCCUAAAAUUGCAAGCCAGGUCCACCAGCUAUUGAACGGCAAGCCGCUCUUUGGCGCAGCAUUCCCCAACGUUCAGUGUGAAAUCGUUAACAACGGGAACUCCUCCACCGCCACCAACACCAGCAACCCCACAAAUAACAACACCUCCACCACGAACAACACAAACACAGCAUCUAACAACUCUUAUCUUUUUUCGAACCCAUUCACUGCAAACAACAACCAAUCGUCUUCUCCUUCGUCACCAACUCUACAGAUUUCCAAGAUCCAAGACCCAACCAACGAUAUGAACAACACUCUGAUCCACUCCUUAAAUCAUUUCUCUGCAAUGAACACUUCAACUGGUAAUAUCACUGGAUGGACAAAUGAAACAUCAACUCCUUUGGCUACUCCAAGUAAUAGCUCUAAAAUUUUAAGGCCAGAUCCUUCUCUUACAAGCUCUGCCAAAAUAAACACAAGUAUCAUUAAUAAUAGCAGCAACCACAACAAUAACAACUCAAACCUACCAACGCCAAUAGUUACAGACUGGUCUCAGGCUGCGAAUACAUCCAAUAACAACAAUAACAACUAUUUUAAUUCGACGUCUCUGAAUAUGACAGAUUUAACCACACCUUCCUCGGCAACAUUCUCCAUUCCAAGCCUUCCUCAGCAGAAGAUGGAAUCUCCUAUGGAUUCUCAACACUUGGACUCGCUGAACUUGACAAGUAAUAGUAUUACCAACGGGUCUUUUGAUGAUGAUCUGCAUAAGCAAACACAGCUACAUAGGCAACACUCCCAUGAUCUAUCAAUCAACACGAGUAUUGCAAACAGUAAUAAUGGUAGUGGCAACAAUAGCAAUAAUAACAACUUAGAUGUUCUGAGACAUUAUCAACAACCUCAAAAUUCCGGCCAGAACUCAAAUUCCGGAUCGAAUACAAAUGCCAUUCCUGAACUAUCACUAUUAGCAAGAGUACCACCACCUGCCAAUCCAGCAGAUCAGAACCCUCCAUGCAAUACGUUGUAUGUUGGAAAUCUACCACUAGACACUACUGAAAUAGAGCUACGUACCUUGUUCCAAUCACAGCCCGGUUUUAAAAGACUGUCAUUCAGGACCAAGCAAACCAAUGGCAUAACCUCUCACCACGGCCCGAUGUGUUUUGUCGAGUUUGAAGAUGUUGCUCUCGCAACUAGAGCUUUAGCUGAACUAUAUGGUAAAACCUUGCCUCGUGUGAACGGGACCUCAAAUAACAAGGGAGGCAUCCGUUUGAGUUUCAGUAAGAAUCCUUUAGGUGUGCGUGGACCCGGCCAGCAAAGAAGAAAUAAUACAAACAUUUCUACUUCAAACACCAAUUCAGCUAACAUGAACGGUAUUACUGGCAACGGUAGCACUUCUACCGGCGGUGGUUUGAACAAGAUGAACAGUAAUAGCAAUAAUAACAAUAACAACACAGGCAGUCCAGCCGGCCCACAGGGAAGUUUCCAACGAAAUAACUCUUUGCCAACAACGACAGGCUCUUCUAUGAACGGAGGUGGAAUCAAUACAAAGGCCUCCAGCAUCUCAAGCAUGAAUUUCAACAAUCCAAAUAAUAUAAAUAGUGUCGGUAAUAUGGGUGGAUUUAGCUUCAUGAGCCAGCAGUUCCCAUAUCAGUAA